AUGGAGAACGCGCAGAAACGCUGGGAGAACCAGGUUCGCGACGGCAGGGUUCGGAAUGUGCGUGCCAAGGAGGUCCCGGGUCUCCUGAAGGAAGGCUGGACCCUCCUGGACGUCCGACCAUCCAGUGAGCUGGACAAGGCCCGUAUCAAGGGGGCGGUGGAGGUGCCCUUGUUUGUCGUGGACGAUGAUAUGAGCCCUGCGGGACUCCUGAAGCAGGCGAGCGCCUUUGGCAUGGGCGGCUGGUGGCUGGGCGGCAAGCACAUGAAGCCGUACCCAACUUUCCUGGAGGAGGUGGAGGCCAAGGUGCCCAAGGACGCCUCCAUCAUUGUGGCCUGCCAGAAGGGAUUGAGGUCGCUGGCGGCGUGCGAGGUGCUGAGCCGAGCGGGGUACCGCAGCCUGGCGUGGAUCAACGGCGGCUACGACACGGCGCAGCCUGGGGAGUUGCCGGUGGAGGGCGACGUGGACGUGCGGCUGGCAGGCAUCGGCGGCCUGUCGAGCGUGCUGGGCUGGACCGAGCCGCAGCGGGAGGGCCAGGGCGGCGGCUUUGCGGGCGGGUUCCAGAACAUUCUCAAGGGCGUGGCGGUGAUCCUGCUGCUGGACGUCCUGCUGUUCGGCUGGGAGCUGAUCCAGGCCAGCAAGCAGUGA